AUGUGUUUUGAGACCCCAGAAAAGAGUGACAAGCCACUUGUGGUUAAAGAAGAUGAAACCAAGACUUCCCCUAGCGCAGCCAAAAAGCUGUGCUCCUCCAGCGAGAAGUUCUUGAAGAAGUUGAGUGGGGACACCUCAGUCAUGAGGGACUCUGAGAUGUUGGAUCACAUUGGGAAGUUUGAGGAGGACCCUGCAGCUCUAGCUGGGACAAGAGCUGGCUCUCACCCGGCGGAUCCAGUGGCUUUCUUCUUGGGGUCGAAGAGUGAUGAAAACAACAAACUCCGCAUGAAACAGUUGGAGAUGUGGUAUCGUGAAUAUCAGAACAAACGGGGAUACCAGACCGUGAUCUUCAAGUCGUUCCAGGUGCCGACCGAUGGAUUGCCUGUCAUUCGAGACUGGCUCACGUGUUUUGAGAGCAUGGUGACCGGGUCCAUUGACCUUGGUUCCAAGUUUGAGCUUGAUUACUGUUCUGUGGACUUGAUCAAAGGAUAUGCAAGGGCAUCUGUCAUUGCGUUUGUGGUGAUGGUUGCUGCAGAAAUCGACCUUGACACAGAUUAUGACAAGGUGAAGCCAUUCGUUGUCUUCAACAAGGAUUCGUCACACAGGUCGUACCUCAACUUGCAGUUGAGCUACAGAGGUUCUGAACGCCAGCCUCCUUCCUGUUUGUCUUUGGCACUGACAUUUAGCGCAGUUUUGCUGGAGAAGAGCCAAAAUGGAGAACACGAUGCUUCCCUCAACACCGAGAGUCGCUUGAGGCUUGUCACAGACGAGUUCAAUGGCCAACCUGGCAUGAUCCAACGUUGGCGGGUUGAUGAAGAUCGAUUCAAAGCCUGUUUGAACCUGAUCAUUGGGACAACCCCAGGUGCCAGGUGCUUGAUCCAGCACCACCUCAACUUUCACAAGUGGCAGCUGUCUUGCUUUACGGCUGAGCUGCUGCGAUCCACGCGGUGGUUGCUGGGCGCAUCGCCUCGCUAUGCCAAAGAUGCGGCCAAGGUGAUGUUGACCGUGGACAAGGAGGUGCAAGAGCAUUUCUUGCGGAACCAUAUUUCUUGGUUCUGUACCCAAACCAAGAAGACGAAGGUUUCAGCACGACCAAAACUGAGACCAUCAGUGGCCGACUGGGACAAGUUGGUCGAUUACACCUGUAUCAUGCAGUGUGCGCAAGCAGGCUGCCCAGCGGAAGUGGACAUGGAAGUGAAGGCAGAGGUGGUGGAGGAGAAGGAGGAGGAGAAGGAGAAGAAGGAGGAGGAGGAGAAGGACUAUUUCGUCGAGAUCAUGAGCUGCUUGGACAGUGCUCUCCCCAAUUGGAGCGUGAAGCACUUGAGUCUGUGGUCAGAGUUGGUGGAACCCCAAGCCCUUGCUGUUGCCGACAUCAGCCCAGAGGAAGUUGAGACAUUCCAGGAAGCUACUUGCCAAGCCCAAUUCCAAGAGUUGAUGAGCAAAAUAGCGAUGGACGAAGUGGCAUGGGUUCGCUUCAAAGCCCAGCAGCACAAGAAGAGCGCCCGAGAGCACAUUGUGGCGGUCACCCACAAGAAGGCCCAAAACACCAUUGGCAAUGGGAUCGUCGAGAAGUUCAUGGAGCAGAUGUGUGCCGUGAGUCUGAUCCCUGACAUCUCGAAUGUCCCCAACUUGGAAUCAUGGUUCCGCCAAGCCAGUUUGGAACGGAAGGUCAAUGGGCUUCUUUCGACUAUGGUCCUGGUGGAUUUCACCAAGGUCGGGACAAUUAGCACAGCAGCGCUGAACAAGCACUGCACCCUUGCCGCCAAGAUUGUCAGCCGCAAUCCCCUGGGUUCCUGUGCAGUCAUCAUCGCUCCGUUGCUUUUUGGAACAGCUGGUGGGUUACAAGAACGAACACCUUGCAGGUUGAUCGAAGACAAACUGACCUCACUGGGCCUUGCACUGCGAGACUUGAACCUGGGCAUGGACCUCACAAGCUUACACCGAAAUUCUGACAGACCUGCCUACUAUAGGGCAUGGUUAUGCGUAGCAGAAACAGCAUUGCCUUUGAAAGGCACCGGCCACCGCCGGAAUGCGCACGACGAAGGUGUGAAAGCAGCCCAAGUGUGCGCACACAGUGCAAGCGAAUUGUGGCGACUACAGGGGUUCCCUCAUGACUCCUUACCAAAGGCAAUGGGUGAGGCGGAGUUUCAUGUCCCAAGUGCACGUGCACACCUGACCUGCAAUGACGCGAGGAGGAACCUGACGGACGCGCAAGAAACAGGGCAGUGGGUCUCGGGGGAAGCCUUUUUCACCACCUUGCUGACCUCUUUGUGGAGGGAUGCCACCAGCAAAGCUACAGUGGUGCACACAACGGCCUAUGACGGCACCUUGGAGCGUGCCUGCUUGAAGCUCGAGAUUCCGGUGAUGUCUGUCACUGAUGUGAUGAUUUGCUACAACUACACCUUGCAGUCCAUCAUGAACUUUUUGUUGGAGGAGUGGAAGAGAGGUGCUGGGGAGAUCGGGAAACGUCUUCCAAAAUUCCAACCUGAACCAGGACCAGCAGAACAAGUGCCUGAGGUGGAACAGCCUACCUUCUCCGCUUGCAAGGUAGUUGAUGGGCACCUGCAGAUCCCACAGGAGAUCAAGAACCAAUGGAUCACAGAUCCGAUUCGAGCCACUGAAUGGAGAAAAACCUUGCAGGACUUUGACCGGAAAUGGGGACCCCAUGCGUCAGAAACUCCACAGACACCUGUGCCUUCCACACCGGCUACAACCUCCGCACCAGUCGAAGACCAACCUGACCCGUCUACGACCUCUUGGGACGAUAUCUAUGCUGGGGAGCCAAAGAGCAAACAGGACUUGGAGGCGAAGUAUGGCCCUGGUGCUCACAGUUUCAGCGUGAACAACAACGUGACAGGCAUCAUCGUUGAAGGGCCCAAAUUGUUCUUAGUUGGAACUGCGCACGCAGAGCUGGACGACCAAGAGGGGAUACUCUUUUUUGGAGCGGGAACCUGGCUCCUUGAUACAAAGGCGACCGCAUUUGCUGAGGACAGGGUUGUCUGGGAUUUCCAAUUUAUACUGCGCUAUAUUUAA